AUGACAAGGCGCUCUGCUCAUGUUUAUCCCCUUGAUCGGGUCUUUUUUACUCCUUCUACAACAACAUCAUCAUCACCAGCAGCAGAGCAAGGUAUUCGAUCCACCACUACAAGCACCACCACCACCACCACUGUUAUGUCUCUCAAGGAACGUGUAUCACAACGACUUGGACGCUUUCUUUCAAUCAAAUACGACCGCCAUCAUCAUCGUCAUCAUCAUCUACGUAACAACGACAGCUCUUUGCAACAACAACCACAACAAUCAAAUACUACUACCACUACAUCUAACAAUGCUGCUACCACCACUACUAUUAAACAAACUUAUGACGCCACUCCUCAUUUACACAAUCGUCAUCAUGCAUCGAUGCCUCUGACUUCUAAGGAUAUGGUAGUAGAUGGGACCAAUGAUCAUUUUUAUUAUCGCCAAGACGACCAACCGAUAUCUUCUCUCCAAAUGCCGGUGCUUCCUACAGCUUUACGACCCCCACCACGUCCACAUUAUCAUCAUAAUCGACGAGCAGCAAUACAACAGCCAUUCAGUGAUCGUUGUAAAAGUGCCUCCGCCGCUAUCAUGUUUGGCACCAAUAGUCAUUUCGAUAGUGUGCGAAACGAUAUCGCUGCAAAAGAUGACCAUGACGACAAUGAUGAUGAUCGACAUAGCUUUGUCACGUCUUUGGAACAUGUGGAGAGUGAACAAGAGGAUGGUGACGACGACGAUGAAGAGGAUGAUUUGUAUCCACAACAACAAGUUGCCAUGUCAGUGACCAUUUUACCAGCUGCAAUGGCAGCAGCUACUGCUGCAAGAUCUCGACGAUACCGUGCCAGAGCAGCCAAAGCUGCAGCUGCAGCUGCAUACUUGUAA